CAACCUCUCCACUCCUCGACCUCGACCUCCAUGCUACAACUGUCCGCCGCACGAACCAGCUCCCAGCCUACUCGUACCGGCUAGGUAGAUGCUCUUCGAAGCCCACUCGCUACCGCAGAUAAGCCUUUCUUCCGCUCGAUACCUCCUCCGACCACGCACCCGGUCUGCCCACUCUCCUACCCGGUUCCCACUCUCUUCGUCUCCAGGGGGCUCGCUUGAGGGCUUGCGAAGGGACCCUUCAUGCCACUCGUGUACAAAGUCUCCGCGAUAUCUUUCCAUGUGCAAAAAGAGAUGGACCCCAAGCUAAUACCACGCACUUUGUUGACACUACUGCCAGUCAGAGGCAAGACAAUCGGCUUGCCACAUGGGCUGUUGAACUGUUUAGCUGCGUGCUGCUAGACACUUCCCCAGUGCUCUUUUCUUCCUUCCACUCUGGGUCACCACCAACUCAUCCAUCCCGGAGUUUUAACCUCGAACCCAAAAUUCCAGACUCCCUUUUGUCUUCUUCUCUGCUCACCCUUCUCCUCUACUCUUCCUGCUCUAUUUCCCCCUCUUCAGUCGCCUCCAUCCUUCUUUCUUUUGGGGGUUUCUGUGCUUUGUCGUUGAUUUUUUCUGCUUGACCUGUUUGUGUUACCUGCUCAAUCGCCAACAUGAGCAAACAAGCUGAAAUCGGCAACCUCGGCGAGGUGGUCCCGGAGAGCGCCAGUGACGAUGUUGUCAUGGGCGAGAAGCAGGGCACCUCAAGGGAUGUGGAGGAUAUGAAGCGUAUGGGCAAAGAACAGCUGUUCAAGCGUAACUUUGGUUUUUUGUCCAUCUUUGGCUUUGCCAUGAUUCUGAUGCAAACCUGGCAAGCGCUGCUCGGUACUAUUGCCUUCGGUCUCGGCAAUGGUGGGACAGCGGGUCUGAUAUACUUGUACAUCAUCGUCGUGGUUUUCUUUACUAUGGUCAACAUUUCGAUGGCUGAGAUGGCUUCCAUGGCUCCUACAGCAGGUGGUCAAUAUCACUGGAUCUCCGAGUUUGCGCCUCGAAGUCAACAAAAGCUCCUCUCCUUCAUCGUCGGCUGGCUCUGUACUCUUGGCUGGCAGAGCGGUGUUUCGAUUGGUUGCUUUUUGGCGGCCACCGAAAUCCAAGGUCUGAUUGUCCUCAACAACGACUCUUACGUCUAUGAGCGAUGGCAUGGAACCCUCCUCACCAUUGCCAUUGUGCUCUUUGUCGCCUUUUUCAACACCUUCCUCGCCAAGCAUCUGCCUCUGGUCGAGGGCAUGGUUCUCUGUUUGCACGUGGGCGGCUUCAUCUGCAUCCUUGUUCCUUUGUGGGUGCUUGGCCCUCGUGGAAACUCCCACGAGAUCUGGACUGUCUUUGAAGACGGCGGUGGCUGGGGUUCAACUGGUCUCGCGACUCUCGUCGGCAUCAUUACACCUGCCACUGCUUUCCUCGGUGCCGAUGCUGCCGUGCACAUGGCUGAGGAGUUGAGGAAUGCUUCCAAGACUCUCCCGAAGGUCAUGAUCUGGACUUCAAUCGUCAACGGUGCCCUUGGUUUCAUCAUGCUCAUCACUUUUUGCUAUACCCUUGGCGACUUGGAUAGUGUGCUCUCGACUCCGACCGGUUAUCCUUUCAUCCAAGUCUUUUAUAAUGCAACCGGAUCCAAGGGCGGUGCUACGGCCAUGUCGUGCAUCCUCGUUCUAUCGGCCGUGGCGAACGGUAUGACCAACAUGGCCACAGCGUCUCGUCAACUCUUUGCUUUUGCUCGUGAUAAGGGUCUUCCCUUCCACACCUGGUUCGCUACGGUCGGAAGUCGGUUCGAAAUUCCCGUCAACGCUGUCCUCUUCACUGUCGCCUUCUCGGUCCUCUUCUCCCUCGUUAACAUCGGCUCAACGGUCGCCUUCAACCAGAUUCUGUCGCUCGGUGUCGCAGCUCUUCUGUCGUCGUACUUCAUCUCGAUUGCCUGCGUUACCUGGCGUCGACUUGCCCAUCAACCACUCCUCGACCGAGUCUUUGACCUUGGCCGUUUCGGAAUUCCCGUCAACUUUGCCGCCCUUGCGUUCCUCCUGCUGGCUUUUGUCAUGAGUUUCUUCCCUGGGGCGGCCCAUCCGACCCCGCAAACCAUGAACUGGUCUUCGCUGGCAUAUGGAGCCGUGAUCAUCAUCGGAGGCAUCUACUACGUGUUCUGGGCACGACAUCAUUAUGUCGGACCUGUGGAAUACGUCCGCAAGAGUGCUUAAAACUGAUUUUAGAAAAGGCGCCUUGGCUUGGUCUUUGGAGUUGCAAUGUUCCCAUGGUUGGGACCCGUAUAGUCGACUUGUUCUCAUGCACAAAAAGAAAAGAAUGGCCUAUAUCCGAAAUUGGAAAGCCUCACUUUAUUCGAAACUGGAGUCGGCAACGGUCCACGGGUUACUACAGUUUUGGAAUCAAGCUUUAGAUGAUGGAUUGAUUCCGAGGUGUAUAGUAUCUCUUUCGCAUGCACGACUCGGACGGCAACACCCGGACGAGGUCAGUAUAUAUAUCAUGUGAGAAGCGCCUUCACAAUUCCACCUCUUGAAUUAGCUCCUGCUGGCUCCUUAGCUGGUUUUCUUGUUUCCAGUCUUCAUGCGCCCUCUGCGUCCGCUGCAUCGAGACAUACCAAUGCCAGCCUGGCCGCGGGCGUGGACACAGUAAAUUUGUAGUUGAUACAAAGUAUACUAUCCAACCCCGGUACUAGGACUAAACAGACGAGCAUGGUACGUGCAUUAUAGACUAUUUACCAAGUACAAACACAUCUAUUCAAGCAGCCCCUUGUAUGUGGAUGUAUCAGACUGAGGUUGGGGUUCGAGUGAGGGCGGGACCAGAUGGAGCUGGAGAGCUGGAUGUUGCCG